AAUGGAAGCCGGAGAGAGAUCAUCCCAGGUGCUUAGGCUUUCAAUAUAAAUAUUGGACGUGGCCGGUAGAACUGUAUCAGUGCUUCAGUUAGCUUUAGUUCGACUCAAUCGUUUCAUCUGCACCCGUGCAAGUUCGCAACAACAUUAUGGCGUUUAAGAUGGUUGUACUGUUCGCCACUCUGGCUUGUGCCAGCGCUGGCUACCUGGAAGCUGAUCACCACGCGGCUCACUACUCGCCAGCACCUGCUGUGAGCUACAGCUCAAUCACCCGUGAACACCACCCGGUAAAGGUUGCCAAGACUGUAACCUACGCCGAACCAGCUGUUCAUUACGCCGCUCCAGUGGCCAAGACUGUGGCCUAUGCUGAACCCGCCGUACACUAUGCUGCCCCAGUCACCAAGACCUUGGCCUACGCUCAGCCAGCUGUGCACUACGCCGCUCCAGUUGCCACCAAGACCAUUGCCUACUCUCAGCCCCAAUACGUUCAUGAGCCAGCUUACACCAAGACUGUUGUUGCCGAGCCAGCUUACACUAAGACUGUUGUUGCUGAACCGACCUACGCCAAGACUCUGGCUUAUCAUGCCCCAGCUACUUACGCCGCCCCAGCUGUCGUCAAGAGCGUUGCCUACAGUGCCCCAGUUGCUAAGACCUACGUUUCUGAGCCAGUAUACUCCAAGACCCUGGUCUCUGAGCCAGUCUACGCCAAGGCCUACGCUCCAGCUCCAGUCUACGCCAAGACCGUUGUCUCCGAGCCCGUCUACAGCAAGACCAUUGUUCAGCAGCCAACUUACCUGAAGACCGUUGCCGCUCAGCCCGUGUACGCUCAUGCCGCUCCAGUUGUUGCUGCCAAGACCGUCAGCUACGCCCCAGAAGCUACCGUGUCCCAUGUUAGCUUCCAGGAUGCCAGCGCUCACUAUGGUUGGUAAAUCUGGUGCGAAAGAGAUUCCAGACCCUGGUAAUACUCAGGUAGAAAUAGAACAACGUGAUUGAAUUGUACAUAACCACAAAACGCCGAAAAUGUUGAAU